AUGCACUGUGUGCCGCCGCUAAAACAGACGAAGGAAACCAUGGCAGAACCACAAGAAGAUGUUCAGAUGGACACCCAAGACAUUGAGCUGGAAACGCCACCUUCAGAUGUCUUCAUGGCACCUUCAAUAUCCAAAUCAGGCAUUCUUGGCGGGAAGUCAUAUUCGCACAUCUCGCCCAUACCCAAGCAGAUUGCAGACGACAUGUCUGGAGAAGUUGUGCUAGGUGUUGAUGAAGCUGGGCGAGGUCCUGUCUUAGGUACUAGUCCUCCGCGAAAGUCUUCUCCGUCACUAACAUAUGCAGGCCCGAUGGUGUACGCCCUCUUCUACCUACCAAUUGAACUUCACCAUUCGCUUCUCGCUGAAACGCACCACUUUGACGACUCCAAAGUCUUGACUCCCGAAGUCCGCUCGAACCUGAUGCGCAAACUGUGCACCCAAGGCUCAGAUCUCUACGAAGCUGGUGGAUGGGCAACACGCGUAAUGUCUGCGCAAGACAUCUCAGCGCACAUGCUGUCCCCAAAUGUGUACAAUCUCAAUGCGCAAGCCAUGGAUGCGACAAUCGACCUGAUCAAAGGAGUGCUGGCACAAGGCGUCAAUGUCAAGGAGAUCUACAUCGACACGAUUGGCAGACCAGAAAUCUAUCAGAAGAAACUAGAGAGGAUCUGGCCUACGAUACGGAUCACAGUCGCGAAGAAGGCUGACAGCCUAUACCCCGUCGUCAGUGCAGCAUCGGUAUGCGCCAAAGUCACCCGUGACGCGGCCCUAGAUGUUUGCUACGAGCCCUACCAGAAGCGCAACACAGCGGCGAACGAAGAUGACGAAGUCAAGGUGGCCUGGGGCUCUGGGUACCCAUCAGACGCGCGGACAACGACCUGGCUGAAGCAGAAUAUGGACCCUUUCUUUGGCUGGGGCAGCGAGACGCGCUUUUCAUGGGGGACCGCGAAAGAGCUACUGGAAGGGAAGAAAGCAGAUGUCGCUAUCGACUGGCCCGCCGAAGAUGACGGCAACGACAUGCGCAUGACGGACUUCUUCAGCGGCAAGAAUGAAGGCGGCGGGGACGAAUUGGUCGACUGGUUCGGGAAGCGUGUUACGCAGGAGAUGGACGUAUUUUGA